AUGGCCACUAUCAUCACCAUCCUGCUUCUCCUCGUUGAACUAUUGAAAUUGGACAAUGGACAGCAGUUCAAUGAUUUAUCGUAUGAACCAGAUUUCCUGGAUAUGGAUCCAGACUCUAUUUUGGAGGAGAAUGCAAUCAUUACGGCGAAUGCUACUUGUGGUACCACGAGAAGGGAAUACUACUGCAGAUUGGUCGAACACGCUGGGAGUGCGCUGCUUUACAGGCGUAAUGAGCGCAAGAAGAGGCAAGUGGUAACAUAUCAAAAACAAUCACAAUCAUAUCGUGAUCCAAGUGGACAUUGGGUGCAGUGCAGCUUUUGCGACGCCAGUGAUCCGAAACUGAGUCAUCCAAUCGAAUACGUUCUGAGUGGUGAAUCUCACUUAUGGUGGCAAAGCCCUUCUCUAGCUGAAGGUUUGAAAUACCAUGCGGUAACAAUCACGAUGGAUUUUAGACAGGUCUACCAAAUUGUGUAUGUGCUACUGAGAAUGGGCGACAGUCCAAGACCGGCAAACUGGAUUCUCGAGCGCUCUCUGGAUGGAGAAAAUUACAAGCCAUGGGCGUUUUUUGCUGAGAGCGAGUACGAUUGCAGGCGCCUGUACCAACCGCUGUUGAAUGGACCACUAACCAUAACCAGUGGACCAAGACCUUGGAAGCUCGAAGAUGACGAAGUUUAUUGCACAACGUUCUACAGUCAACCUCAGGCCCUCCAAUCGGGCGAAAUUAUCGUCACUCUUUCACUUGAUAGAGCCUCUACAAUCGCCGGACCAUCGGGAAUCGAAAGAGCAAUUUCCUCUAAGCUAAUAGAUUUUCUAUCUGCAAGAUUUGUAAGAUUACGAUUCCAGAAGCUGCAAACGCUAUCGGGAGACUGGAUGGCCAUGCCUAACCAACUGGAUAGCUCUGUGUACAAUCGCUACUACUAUUCCAUUCGUACAAUCAAAGUGGGUGGAAAAUGCCUGUGCAAUAGCCACGCAAACCGUUGCGAACAGCGAGUUGUCGAGGGAUUGCCUCGCGCUGUGUGUGUAUGCCAGCAUAACACAUGCGGGAACAAUUGUGAAUCAUGCUGUCCAAUGUUCAAUCAACAGUUAUGGAGACCGGGCCGUAUGUGUGAAGAAUGCAAUUGCCACGGCAAGGCUGACAGUUGUGUUUUCAAUCAAACGGUUGCAAAUCUACGUCUCAGUCAGCGAAAGGACGGUAUUUACGAAGGCGGAGGCGUCUGUGUGGAUUGUCGCGAGGACACAACUGGCAUCAAUUGUGAAAGCUGUAAGCCUGGCUUCUACCGGCCGACUAACGUGAGACCCGAUUCGCCCUUCCCCUGCGUCAAAUGUGACUGCGAAACAUUCGGGUCGACUGGUGAAUGCGUGGCAACCGACGUAGGAAUUCCCGAGCGAUAUCCAGGUGACUGCAUUUGCAAAGAAGGUUUCGCUGGCAAACGAUGUGACCAGUGCGCUGAGGGCUAUCGGCGGUCCGACACUGACCCCACCAGCUGUGUUCCGUGUACGUGUGAUGUGCGUGGAAGCCACCUAGGUGGGGGAUACAAGUGUGAACCGCCAUGUAACUGCAAGGUAAACGUGAACCCGGAUUCUCAUUGCCGCGUUUGCCAGCCCGGUCACUUCAAUUUGGACAUCAACAACCCGGAAGGUUGCCAGGCUUGUUAUUGCUCCGGGUUGACGGAUCGGUGCGAUGGAGUCGGACACAUCACCGCCCUGAGCCUCGAACGCAAUGGACUCCUUGGAACGGUCUCUACACUGAGCGGAUGGAAGAUUCUGGUACCUGAUGCAUCUUUGGACGGUGCUUAUCCCGUAGCUCAUCAUGAUAGCGCCAUUGGAGAAGAGGAAUUCCCGCUGUUUUCUGAUGUUCGUACCGUAGAAUCGUGGCUCAGUUCGGCCAGUCUGAAACCUGUCGACCGAGGUUAUUACUGGUCAUCUCCGGUGGACUACCUGGGAAAACAAAUCGCUGCCUAUCGUGCGCGACUUGUGGUCAUUUUGCGCUUUAAUUCCCCUACGCUAACGAGGAUAUUGGGCAGUCUAAAGGAUAUGGCUGAGCGUUCCACCUCGACCUCUUUGGCUGUUCGAGAUCAGUUGGACUACAUGUGGCUCAAUGAGCCAGAUAUAGUUAUUGAGGGCAACGGAUAUCGCCUGGCCUAUAUCCUUCCUGUCACGCAUCGGGACAAUCAUUUGAUAAUCGACUUGACCCUACAUGAGUCAUCUUUUCGCGUACUGGUUGAGCCACCCUCCUCAGUGCAAGUAGACAAAAUCCCCAUUGGACUGUCACAGGGCAGCGUCGGAUUUGCAAAUCGUGUGGGUGAUUUCUCUCGCAAUUAUCAACAAGUCGGCCGUCCGGCAACCGUGUCCGAUUUGAUUGCCGUGCUGUCAAGAUUGGACCGACUGCUGAUCAAAGCAAAGUUUAUCAGUGAUCAAACCACAAUCGAGCUCCGACAGGUCAAGCUGGAACGCGCCGAACGAGACUCCACUGGCCGUAUUCCCAAUAUGGAGGAAUGUGUGUGCCCGGCCGGACACACAGGCACAUCUUGCGAAUCAUGUGCGUUUGGAUAUUGGAAGGAUCCGAAACGUGGCGCUGUCGUGUUGGCUGGCAUGUGGCGAGACACGGACAAGGCCGUGCAGCCGCUAUGCGUGCCAUGCGAAUGCAACGGUCAUUCGGCGCACUGCGACGAGUACACAGGAAAAUGCAUUUCCUGUGAACACAACACAGCCGGUGACAAAUGCGACAAAUGCGCACCCGGAUUUUACGGCGAUGCCGUCUCAGGUGGUCCAGAGGCUUGUCAACCUUGUGCGUGCCCUACACUAACGAAUCAGAAGACAGAGGUAUGUGUGGCACAUGAACAAGCCCCAACCACAGACUUAAAACCAUACAUCUGCUUGGAUUGCGAUGAGAACACUCGGGGUCGAUUUUGUGAACUAUGCGCUCCGGGUUAUUAUGGUGAACCUGAGAAAGGCAUCGAAUGUGAGCAAUGUGAUUGUGGCCCCGGAGCGGUCGGCUGCAACGGAACCACAGGUGCGUGUAUAUGUGGUUUUAACACUGCCGGGCCACGAUGUGAAGAAUGUGCGGAAGGCACUCACGGUGAUCCCAUGAUGGGGCAAGUCUGUCGCGCCUGUAACUGCCACGAGAAAGGAAGUCUAACCGUGGCUUGCCGACCUGGGGACGGUCAGUGCAGUUGUCGCGCUGGCUACGAAGGUGUGCGAUGUGAGCGCUGUUCACUGGGUCGUGGAAAUGUGGAUGAUGGAUGUCCUCCAUGCAAGUGCGAUCCGAUUGGAACACUUCCGCACACCCCACUCCCAUGUGACCCAAUCACAGGGCAGUGUGCAUGCAAGCCUGGAGUGGGUGGCACGCUGGAUUGCUCCACGUGCAGCCCGGGCUACUACAAUCUCGGACCCAAUGGAUGUCAAAAAUGCGACUGUUCGGAUCGUGCUGUGGACCUUAUUUGCGACGCUGAAACGGGACGAUGUAAAUGUGGCGAGAAUGUUCUGGGCGAUCGCUGCGAGCGGUGUAAGUCUGGCCAUUAUUGGAACGUUACUGGCCCGAACUGCUUACCGUGUGACUGUGGGAUCGGCACUAAACUCAGUGACACUCUCGAGCCGGUAGCCGAUUGUAACAUGCAGUCCGGGCAAUGCAAGUGCGCCCCACAUGUGACCGGUCGAAGAUGCACCGAAUGUGAGCCCGGCUUCUACGGCGUAUCCGCAGAAGGAUGUCUGCCUUGUCCAUCAUGCCCAAACGGCCAAGUGUGCGAUCAGGUCACCGGAAAAUGCAUUUGUCCACCCAACACGAGAGGUGAUCGGUGCGAGGCUUGUUCGACCGGAUCGUGGGAUUAUAAUCCAGUCUUGGGAUGCAAGGAAUGUAACUGCUCAGAGGUUGGUGCAGUGCUCGGAUUGGCUGCCACAUGUGAUCUGGUCACGGGCCAGUGUGUCUGUCAAAAGGGCUACGCUGGAAGAGCUUGUGAUCAGUGCACCGUUGGCUAUUAUGGCUACCCGGAUUGCAAGCAGUGCGAGUGUGAUGCUCGAGGGGUUCUACCUCCGAACACCACAGCGGCUGUAGCUACUGCUGUAUGCAAACCGACGGACGGAAGUUGUUUCUGCAAGCCCAAUGUACAGGGCACGCGGUGUGACGAGUGCAAACCUGGCACUUUUGGCCUCAGCAUCGAUUACGAACUGGGCUGCUAUUCCUGCUUCUGCUUCUCGAGUACCUCCCCACCAAAGUGCAGCCCGUUGACGGGCUAUCGUUCGGUUCCUGGGAAAGAGAAGGGUGUUGAGAUCAUUUCUACGGACACGGAAAGCAGUCCAGGUGGCGCGUUGAUCCAGUUGGAGAUUGGGCUCGGGGGAGAAGCAAUCACGGAUUUGGCCAUCGGAAUGAGUCAGUUUAACUGGCGCUUCUCAACCCAUCGACCAACGUACAUGGAAAUCCCAGAGCUGAAAGGAUCCCUGACGCGCCGCUAUGGGAGUGUGGUGAUCGCUGUCGCUACCGAGUGCCUUCCCACUGGAGAUUGCAAACUCAAGUCGCCGGACCAAAACUAUCCCUCUGAACUCAUUGCCCUAAAUGACUUUGGGAGCGCAGAUCUGGCGGGCCGCUUGAUUGUUCGGCGGGAUUAUAGAAUCGACGCCAGGAUGACCGCACUGAAUGAUCAAAUACAUCUAGAAUAUCAACCGGCGGAAGAUGCUCAAGGCUUACUUACGGAUGGUUACCGCCAAAUCUGGCUGCGGGAAUCAGAUUGGGUGCUGAUCCGUGUCGCCGGUGUGGACACGAGAGUUCGGCCCACGCGGAACGAACUGAUGCUCGCGUUACUCAACGUGACCUCCUUUAGUGUGCGGCUUUUCAUGCCUGAGGCGAACCCCAAACUAGUCAGUGUCAAAUACCGAGUGUACGAGGCCCUCAGUGAGACGGUCACCUUGUCCGGGACCCAAAUCAAGUCGAUUGAGAAGUGUGACUGUCCAAACACAUCCUCUGGUGACCACUGUGAAAUUGCCUCCUCCGGCUUCUACUUUCCACCGUUGAUGCCUAAGCCUGGCCCAAGUAUUCUCCCACCAGACACCGAAGCACCCCCGCUGAUUGCUGAAAACAUUAUUUGGACAGGUGGAGUGGAGAAGUGUCGUUGCCAUGGUAUGUCGUCCAAUUGUGAUGCCUUGACUGGAGUAUGUGAGGACUGUACCGGUAACACUGUCGGACCGGAUUGCGGAGAGUGUGCGGUAGGCUACAUGGGGGACCCCAAGAAGGGACAGCCUUGUAUCAAAUGCCAAUGCCCCACUGAGCAAACUGACUAUGCUAUCACUUGCUACCCGACCUCUGUCCGGCCUUACGUAUCACAUCAGUGUGUCUGCAAACCGGGCUACACUGGGCUCAGAUGCGAAAAUUGUGCACCUGGUUACUUUGGCGAUCCGACCAGCCUAAUUGCUUGUCAGCCAUGCGACUGUGAUAUGGCGGGAUCGAGGAAUGUGAACUGUGAUCAGCAUACCGGACAGUGCAACUGUUGGCCGGGGAUCUCCGGUCGCCGAUGUGAUCAGUGUGAACCGGAUCAUGUGGUCGAUGCUGGCAGGUGCCAAGAUUGUCGCGGGGAGUGCACUGGAGAGCUGUUGGUCAAGGCUGACGAGGUCAAAACACAAAUUGACAAUCUAAACAUGACGAGCUUGGCUUACCGGGGUCUCACUCGUCUAGGCCAACAGGCAGAGGUACUCCGUCAGCGGUUCAGCAAAGAGCAGGAGCAACAGGAAGACGACCUUAUCCAACACACCCACCAAGUGGUCAAACAACUUGCGGAAGUCGAAGAAGUCGCUGAUCGGAUCAUAAACACUAGAAAUGCCAUCGAUGAGAACAGAUGUGAAACCCAACGUCAGACCACGGCACUACUCCAGUCCGUCUCCCAGAUAGAAGGUCGUGUCAAAGAUUUACUUCAACGUGUCAAGGAGCUACCAAUGUCUACUCCAGCCCCCGAACAGUUACAACAGUGGCAAGAGGAAGCGAGACGAGUCAGAACCGACUUGGAGGCUAUAAACUUGAACACAACGGAGGAGUGGGUCAGAAAAAUGCAAGAUAGAGUUGAAAAAAUUAUCACAGAAGGAGAGAAUUUAAUCAAAUCGGUGCAACCCGGUCGAUCGGCGGUGGAUCUUGAACGAUUGGAGGUGUAUCAGGAACAACAGCGGAGGCUGUUAGAUUUACAGAAUGUUCAGCUCUACGCUAUUGGAAAUAGCACUCAGCGUGCCGGUAUUGAAAUGCAAGCGGCCAAGAGCAAAAGUGAUGCUUUGCAGAAAGCUGUGACUGAAGCAAUCGAUUUCAUUGUCAUUCAAACGUUUGAGACAAAUGCGAAUAAAAUUCGUCUCGAACUGGACAAUUUGACUGUGAUAUCUCAAGAAGAUAUAACUAAACGACUGGAUGAGGCACGAACAGCGCUGAAGAACCUAACUGCCAUAGGAUUGUCCGACCUAGAUGGAGUUCGCAUCCCCCCGAAUCUAGAGAGCUCUGUCGUCAUACCGGUGGAGCGUGAAGCCCAGGCCAUUAUCUCCACUCUGCGGUUCUCACCAAGAGUGAACCGAACGGUGGAAGCGCUUGAUGCUUACCAGUCGGUGAUUGAAGCCAUCGACCAUGUAGAAAAUACCACCAAGCAAUCAGAAGACGCCUUGAGCGGAAUUGUGAAAGGAGACGACCAAGUGUGGCAAGAAAUGGUGGGUCGCGUAAACCAGCAGGGCCAGGAUGUAGGAAACGCGUUGGUUGCACAGGAAGCCCUUUUAGCCACACACAACAAGACACUGAACGAAGCGUUGAAGCAGUUGGCCAGAGCUGCUACUGAUUUGGACCAAGUUCAACGUACAGCAGACAACGCGCUUUCAGACUCACAGGAUGCAUACAACAAAGCGGAAUCCAUUAGACAAGUUCUGAGAGAUACUCAGCCCCAAGCAACCAAUGUCUCGGAAAUGGCCACUAUGCAGCGUCAGAAGAUGGAUGAUCUGGAAGAUCGAUUACAAGGCAUGGAGAAUCGAUAUGCCCAACUACAAGGAACAGCGCAGUCCACUGUUGAUCAAGCAAAUAACACCCAGACCAAUUUGGUCAAACUGGUCUCCGAGACAGAAGCAUCGAUCAAGCAAAUGGACGCAAAGCUGCUGCGCUUACGACGCCUCACGGACGAAGCAAGAUCACUGUUGGACGUAAGUUACGGGUCAUUAUCGAAGAAUCCCGUACCCCUACUUCUCGGUCGUGACUGUGUCUACACGCUGGUACCCUAUGCAGCCUCAAAGUCACGUGUAUUUGAUAUCGAGUUCUGGUUUAGACUGCACGAAGACCAACCUUCUAUGGGUGGUGUAUUGAUGGUCGGGAGGCGAGCUUUUGCUGGGAGAACACAAAUGUUUGCGUUCACCCUGGAGUCAUCGGGAUCAAAGUUACGAUUCUCUUGGAAUGUGGCCAAAGGGGUUCUGGAGCUCGAUGCAUUAGAAACCGGAGUGUGGUAUCAGGUUCGUGUGACCUCCAUCGGAGGGGAAACACGAAUGCUACUCACCGAUAGGCCAAAUGAAGAGCAUCCCCGCCCGGUGAUGCGCGAAGUCACUUCAAAAGCAGGGUCGGACCAUCCUGAGUCCGCCUUAAUUUUGGAUCGUCAAAUGGAAAUUCGUAUCGGCGGAGCAGUUCAGCGGGGAUCUUCGUGGCAGAAUCCAGAAGCGUGGGGAGACAACGGUGCAGAGUCGUUCUGGGCUCGGCUUUCUUCCAUGGAGCCGGCCUACUUUUGCACCUUCAAUUUUCGUGUUGGUGGUAUCACCAUGAGCUUAGCUGACCUGGCUUCUGCUACCCCUAGUUGCAGACAGCCAUCAAGUUUGGAAUGCCAACUGUACAACUAUCGUGCAUUGGCUCGGGACGGUUACAUUUGGCAAGUGCAGAGCGAUUUCGGUGGUGUCACAACCCGCACUCGUCCUCCACAGACAACCCCACCUAAUUAUCUACUCCAACGAUUAUUCUAUUAUGAUUUCGCCGGAACUGGUGGGUAUGCUCGUGUGCAACAGUUUAAGGAUUUGAAAUUCUGUGAAGAUCGAGUACAAUUUCAGGUGACGCCACUGGCAGCAGCGCUGAAUGGUCCAAUGAUGGUGUUUACCUUCUUUAAUUUUGACAAGGAUAUCGGUGUGACAGUAGAGCUACACAAUGGCGUCCCAAAGGCUUUCAAGUGGACCGGAAAUCAGCUUUAUCGGUCUGUGCACCAACUCGACCGUCGUGGUAUGGGCGAAAAUCUUCGCCAACGUGUUUUACGUGCAGCUGCUUACAGUCCACGUUGGAGACGUUCCAACGCGGCCUCUGGUACAGAAGAGAAAAGAGGGGUAUCAAUCACUCAAUCCGACCUAACCGUACGAUUGUGGCGCGUGGAUGAGCUCUUGGCUACCGACUGUAACGACGAAGUAGUCAUGUUUGUGGGUGCUAUCCCUCCCGGAUACCAUGCAUUACGUCGUCGGAUGUAUGAACUUGGACUUUCCCUUACUCCGUUCGCUGGACGCGUGGGAAUAACAAACGAGAAACCAAGCCAAGAUGGUGGGCUUUUCCUGGAGGAGUUCGUAAACACACCUGUGUCCCGUCUUGGUGACACUCAAUACGCCGACUUGCAACAACGUGGCGAAUCUCUCACUCUGCCGAGCGUGGAACCAAGUGCUCAGUACUGCCUUCGUUUCGUGCCGGACAAAAGGCGCAACAAACUGGACGUGGAUGAGAUCAAUUUGGACACUUCCAAACUAGGAUCUCUGUGGGAACCUGGAAUCACUAUGACUUUGAGGUUCAACCCGUUGCUUACUUCAGCGACGGACGUGAGCCUGUUGCGAUUGCAAAUGCGAUCUGCAGAAUGGUUGCACAUUUCGCUGAUGUCCGACUUUCGUCUUGGUUUGGUCAUCCCCGGUGCAAGCACCAAGUUGAUCACGACCGAAUCUCUAACCACCAGACCAGUGAAUGACGCGGCCUUUGCUCUGCGUGAUCUGGAAUUAUUUGAGGCACAAGUUUUGAACGCUUCCAUGCCUGCUUGGAGUGAUUCGAUGACGGAGAGGCGACCAGAGGCAGACCUACUGAUGUCUUCCACCAUCGGUGAAAUCGAAGUCGUUAUCACGCUUCAUUUUGGUCAUGAAGAUUCACGACAUUUGGAUGUGCUGUACGAUCAACGCGUCAUUCAAAGUUGGACAAUCCCUUCGCAAGCCAAUGUCGGGCCGAUUGCUCAAGCCCUGGUUGGCCCAGUGAACAGGUUCCAGUAUCCACUGGCGAUCAAUUACCUAGUUAUAGGAAGCCACCUUGUGGAUUUCGCGAAGGACCUGUUGCCAGCGGAAAUCAAACCGGGUGUACAGAUUGGUGUGUGUGGCGGGCAAUUGUAUCCGCGUUUUCUCAAACGCGUCGGACCUGUGGGUCCGGUUUGGGUGGAACAAGGAUUGGAUUUGCCCACCCCACCGGGUGGACGACGCGUUCUAUCCACAAUGAACGGCGUCCCGAUUUCAGAUGUAAGUAUGAUGAGGCCGACAUCAAGUAUUCCAAGAAUUCGAAGAAAAGAGGACUGCACCCCAAAUCCGGAGAGCACCGCCUGGUUUGAUCAAACGGCGAAUUCGUAUUGGGAACUGAGUGAUUUGCGAUCUCGAAUAGCCGAAAGAGAUGUACCGUUCGAAUUCACCAUUGGAUUCCGUGCCCAGCUCAGUCAUGGGGGCAGAAGUGCACCUCAGGUUUCACCGAAGGCAUUGCCAAAUGUGCAAUACAAUAUGCUCGCUGCUUUCAACUUUGGUCCCGAAAAAGGGAACAUUUAUUUGCUGCUAUCGGAGACACAAAUCUUUGUGACCGACACCAACCGUGUGCUGUGGUCCAGCCCUCAAAUGACUAUUGCAGAUACGAACUGGCAUCGCCUAACGCUCAAACUUCCACAUACUGAGGUUAGAACUGACGGGAACACGGCGAGUAUGCCAAACGGAGUUUACAUGGAAUUCGAUGGUCGACCGUUGUGGUUACCGCGAUUGGCAACGCAAGGGAUACCAAUUGUAGCUCUGAUCGGAGGUCUGCCAAGCGCAAUGGAGCUUACUCUAGAACCGGACGAGAAUAUUGUAAGAAUGGCAUUCGCAGAACAUGGUGAACCAUUGACAGACUUUGGCCACUCUGCGAAUCUUAUCAGUCUUCCACGGAAUAAAAACACAUGGCAGUAUGUCAAAUUGCAAAUGAUCUUCCUGGGCGAACAACUCGUCCUUACUCUGAGGUCCCAGGUGGCACAAAGUCUGCCAUUGCUGUUGUUCCAGAAGGUUCACAAUUUGCACUCAAUCCACUUCGCCCAAGAUAACGUCGUGACUCCAGAGACCAUGGCCGAAGCGCUUCACAGUUCACCCGCCCAGGCGUUCACCGGUUGCUUGCGCGAUAUCCGGCUGAUGACGACUACGCACACAGAAUCCAUCCGGUUCCCCCGAGUGACAGGUCUGCUGGAAGGUGUCUGUCACACUUCAGCUGUCUGGUGA